CUAUAAAAGUGCAGUUUCAGUGGACAGAAUCAAUUAGUAUACCUGAAACUCGUUGAAUAUGAAGACAACAUUCGCAUUGGCUCUGCUCUUCAGCUGUCUGACUGGGCUUCUGAUGGUCAGCGCUGCUAAGAACCCUUUCCCAAUUCUGGAAGCUUGCAUGUCCGAAAAUGGUGUCACUUUACAGGAUUUUGAGGACAUAAAAUCGGGAAAAAUGCAACCAGAGAAUGCCAAGGAUAACAUCAAGUGUGCCACACAAUGUAUGUUUGUCAAGUUGGGCUUUAUGAAUGACAAAGGCCAGCUGAAUAACGAAAAGAUAUUGGAGUUUGUCCCAAAUGCCCCACUCAAGGCCAAGAUGCAAGAUGCCUUGGCUGCAUGUGGCAACACCGUGGGUGCCAAUCCCUGCGAUACCGCCUUCCAGAUAUUGGUCUGCCUCGAUAAGCAAGCCGGUGACAUGUUGAACCUGUAGAGAGCACAAGAUCACAGCAUUUAUAAUAAUUAAUUGUUUGAAUAACAACUACGCUAUAUAUCAAUAAAUCACUGCUAAAUAAAUCAAUUUCAUACAGCAA